CUCCCAUCCGCCCAGCGCCCUGCUUGCGCUCGCUUUGCUAUGUCGUCUUGUGGCCAGCACCAGCCAUGCCAGCCACAGACUGGAUACAGACACAUGUGGCUUUUGGACGAUCGAGCGUAGUGAAUGGUGGGAUGAGUAUGGUCGCCGACAGUGAAUGAUUCUGAAUGGUAGUGAAUCACUCAAUGGUGGGUCGUCGACGACCAUUCAUGUGCUGAUUCUGGAUGCUUUCAGCACUUCGUUGGGUGGGUUGUUCCCCUGGGAUUCGUCGUACGAUAAAUGUGCGCCUGUUGCAUCAUACUGGCCCUCAGGCAGACGAACGCCCUGCAAAGCGUAGGAGCUCCAAGGCCAAACGUGCACUCAUUCGUACAACAGAAGCGAUCUCGGAUGCCAGAAGGCAACUAGAUUGGCAGAGGGCCCUUUUUAUUUAUGCCAGCUACAUCAUGGAGCAUAGUCAUUCCCCAGAAGAAUAUGCCAUCGAAAUGCCAUUGAUCAACACGUCCAUCUCAGCCUGUGAAAUUGGCGCGUGUUGGCCCACGGCUUUGAUAUUGGCCGAACGCGCUCACGAACUUCACCUCAAUCCGACUGCUUUCACUCUGUCAGCGUUGAUGUCGGCAUGUCGGCGAGGGCGUCAAUGGCAAAAAGCACUGGAGGUCUAUCACGGAGCAGGUCCCAAAGGUGUGGCGAUUGAUCCGACUUUGCUGGGGACCGCCAUCACAUGUGCCACUACAGGACAUUUGUGGAAACAUGCGUUGGACAUUUUGGCUUCAGCUGUCCAUCAAAGCAUCAAGCCAACUCUGGCAAUCGAAAACGCGGCCAUUUUGGCUUGUGAGAAAGGACGGCAGUGGGCUAUGGCGUUGUCAUAUUUCGAGGACAUGAAAUUCAGGAAAGUGUCUUUGACGACUGCUAAUUCAGUCCUCUCUGCUUGUGAAAAGGCACGGGAGUGGCAGCAUGCCUUGUGUGUGUUUGAUGGCUUACCAACCUUGAGCUUGCAACCAGACACUAUCAGCAUGAAUCUGGUCAUUGGCUCAUUUGCAGCCAGCCGCCAUUGGGAGGAUGCUUUCGAGCUGUUUCAUUGCCUUUGCCGCUUGAACGAGGCCACGCACGUGUCCCACACCACGGUGCUUUCGUCCUGUGAGCGCGCCAUGCGCUGGGAGGAGGCCUUGCAACUCAUCCGGAUGUGGCCUUGGAACAAGCAGAGCUUUGAGGUUGCUGCCAUUGCAGCUGCCAGAGCUGGCCGCUGGCAGGACUCUUUGGUGUUGGUACAAGGGGUCUUUGGAGAGCAGCAGCUCAUUCAGUCCUGUGAGCAGUCGGGUUGUUGGGGUCGAUCAUCUUGGCCUCGCUUGUGGCAUUCGGCGCGCUUGGUGGAAGCCUUGCGGCGAUGGAAGGUGGAUUUGCCAGGACCGGCUGGCACGGCACCGCAUGGCGUUGGCAAGCACAUCAAGAUCUUGACGCACCCAGGGACAGCUCCAAGCAAUGCUAUUUGGUGCUUGACUGCCCGAGAUUGUCUCCAGAAUGCUGCAAUGACGAGGUGACGAAUCCUGUCACCAUUCGUUUUCGCGACGCCCUCCCUGAUUCUCACCCAGCAGGGUCCCAGGCGGAGGAAGGCGCUGCAUUUUGCGCGAG